AUGAGAAGCUCCUGGUCCAAUAAACUUUCUCUCAUUUUUGGCCCUAGACUGCCACUCAAUUGGUUACUCUUGUGCCUCGUUAGUGUUCUUGCACUAAUUGCAGUGUUGGGAUCAUCCUCUUCAAAUACAUUUGACUCUCUAACUCCCAUUUCAGUACCCGACAUCUAUACAAACUAUAGGAGGCUAAAGGAGCAAGCAGCGGUUGAUUAUCUGGAGCUGAGGUCUCUCUCAUUAGGGGCUAGUCGACAAAGAGAGCUUGGCCUUUGUGGCAGAGAAAGAGAAAAUUAUGUGCCUUGUUACAAUGUUUCAGCAAACCUUUUUGCGGGGUUUAAAGAUGGGGAGGAGUUUGAUAGGCAGUGUGAAGUAUCAAGAAACAGAGAACGGUGCCUGGUUCGCCCUCCUAAGGACUAUAAGAUUCCCCUGAGGUGGCCAGCUGGUAGGGAUGUGAUAUGGAGUGGAAACGUGAAGAUAACCAAAGACCAAUUUCUUUCGUCUGGGAGCAUGACCAAAAGGUUGAUGUUACUAGAAGAAAAUCAAAUUGCCUUUCACUCUGAGGAUGGUUUGAUUUUUGAUGGUGUCAAGGAUUAUUCUCUUCAAAUUGCGAAGAUGCUAGGUUUAAGUGAUGACUCUCAAUUUCUUCAAGCUGGUGUGCAAACUGUACUAGAUAUUGGUUGCGGUUUUGGUAGCUUUGGAGCUCAUUUAGUAUCACUAAAUGUAAUGGCUAUUUGUAUCGCGGCAUAUGAGGCAACUGGCAGUCAAGUUCAAUUGACCCUUGAGAGAGGUCUUCCAGCAAUGAUUGGAAACUUCAUUACAAGACAGCUUCCAUAUCCAGCAUUGUCCUUUGAAAUGGUUCAUUGUGCUCAAUGUGGUAUUGUUUGGGACAAAAAAGAUUGGACGUUGCUUUUAGAAGUUGACCGGGUACUCAAGCCUGGUGGCUACUUUGUUUUGACCUCAUCCGCAAGCCAGCCAUAUGGAAGUUCAUUGAGCAUGAAGAAUAGCAUGUUGACACCAAUGGAGGAAAUGACACCGAAAAUUUGUUGGACUCUAAAAGCUCAGCAAUAUGAAACUUUUAUAUGGCAGAAAACUGUGGAUUCUGAUUGCUAUACAUCUCGCAAGCAGGGUGCUAUACCACUUUGUAAUGAAGGGCAUGAUGUUCGGUCAUAUUAUAAGCCUCUCGUAUCAUGUAUAAGUGGGACCACCAACAAACGCUGGACUCCAAUCCGAAAUAGGUCCUCGAGAGUUCAGCCUGACGAUUUCUUUGAAGACUUACAGAUUUGGAGAUCAGCUCUGAGAAACUAUUGGUCCUUGCUUACACCCUUGAUUUUCUCUGACCAUCCAAAGAGACCAGGUGAUGAAGACCCAUUACCUCCAUUCAACAUGAUACGCAAUGUGAUGGACAUGAGUGCUCACUAUGGGGGUUUAAAUGCUGCUUUUCUGGAGGAAAGAAAAUCAGUUUGGGUGAUGAAUGUUGUGCCUGUCAAUGCUCUCUAUACACUUCCUCUCAUACUAGAUCUAGGUUUUGCUGGUGUUUUGCAUGACUGGUGUGAACCGUUCCCUACAUACCCUCGAACAUAUGAUUUGCUGCAUGCGAAUGGGCUGCUCUCGCAUCUGUCUUCAGAGAGGUGCAGCAUGAUGGAUUUAUUCUUGGAGAUGGAUCGGAUUCUGCGACCUGAGGGAUGGGUUGUUCUCUGUGAUAAAGUGGGAGCUAUUGAGAUGGCGCGCAUGUUUGCUACGCAAAUACGUUGGGAAGCAAGGGUGAUCGACCUUCAGAAUGGCAGUGACCAACGACUUCUUGUUUGCCAAAAACCAUUCAAUCCGAAGAACCUUGAAGACGCCAUGAGUCAUCACAGCGAGAGUGAGCAUGUGGAAGCUGUAGAUUAG